AUGUCUCAGCUUCUCCCAGCAGUUGCCAUCCUCUGCAGGGUUUGCACUACCGUCUUUAUCGCGAUGAAUUUCAUCGACAGGGUCCCCCGUCAACCUUCUCUGCUCCUUAUUCCCUUCAUAUCUUCUCACGUUCUUCGUCAACUCCACAGAUACUUUUUCAGGGUAUAUGUUACUUAUCUUCUACCGAAACAUUCUGUACCUCCUAUUAUUCCUCUUGCAUCUAUCCUGAUCAUCACCUUUUCGCUUAUACUCUGUCUCGGUUUUCCAGACCGGGAGCCUCAACUAACAGAGUCGCAAACGGCACAUUCCGCUGCUCCGUCAUCGGAUAGCCAAGACCGCCAGGAGCACGGAGAUAACUCCCAAGAUUGCAGCAACGUCAAGAUGUCCACUGACAUCCCCUUGGGGAAUUCCGCAGGUCACCGUCUCAAGAUGCUUCCUAGCCACAACUCUCCUGCUUACACCCUGUUCAAAGUUCUUGAACGUCUGUGCAACUACCGGAUGGCAGUUAUUGUCCAGUGUAUCUCUAUGGUGUCCGAAGUCCUCCCUCAAGAUAUCUACUUACUAGGCCGCCCGUACCAGGAUACCUAUGAUACCUAUUUUCUUGUGAGCGGAACUGGUUCUGUUCAAUGUAUUUUGGGUGGAAUCCGCGAAGUCUGCUCUUAUUGGCUGGAAACGAUCUUUGUGUCUUAUCUGAUGCGCUGGUUCGUGUUGUCUCUACUCUAUUUCUUGGUGGCUGCUAUGUAUACGGUCUUUGCUGAUGGAACAGUUUGCGACCGUGCGAUGGCAAUCGCAAAUUGGGCAGAACAGGGGACUGAAUGGUCGACUGCAACUUUCUUCUUUGGAUGGCUUAGGGAUUGGAUGGCAAGACGCAACACUUCAAACAAGUGA